AAACGCGGAGUUUUGGUUUUGGUUGAUAUUGACGCGGUUCUGCGAAGCCCUGUUGCAUCACGUAAUCGACGCGCAACACUACAGCUUGAGGCCUUGUGCUUGUAUUUCAUUCGCGGCGCAGUACGCGAGUAACGUGAAGCCUGACUGUUGUGAAAGGCACAUACCAUUCUGAUGGAACAGCGCAAGCAGUAGCCUUGGAAUGAAGACCGUGUUUGUUACUGUGGGAACAACCUCCUUCGACGAGCUCAUCGAGACUGUUGUAUCGCCGGAGGUGCUAGCUGUCCUGAAUAGCCAAGGUUACACGAAGGUUCUCCUUCAAGUAGGCAAAGGGAGCACACCUAAAGUUGAAGGACACGUUGAGCCAUCUGUGGAAAGCUACAACUUCAAGGAUUCCUUAACCAGAGACAUAAACGAAGCUUCACUGGUGAUAAGUCAUGGAGGUGCGGGCAGCAUACUCCAAGCUCUCAGGGCCGGGAAGAAGCUGGUUGCGGUAGUGAACGACAAGCUGCUCCACAACCACCAGAGUGAAUUGGCGGGCCAGUUACACAAGGAGGGAUAUCUGCUCUAUUGUACUUGCAAAGACCUGCAGGCCACUCUGGAGGAAAUGGAACCAAGUCGCUUGAGGACCUUUCCGGAGCCAAACCUGAACCGCUUUCCGCAGCUGCUGGACGGCAUAAUGGGCUGGUCAUAGUCGAGAGGGACUGGACGCCCACCUCUGCAUACAACAUGGACAGAUGUUCACCCUCCUCAACACCAGGAUUAGAUUUGUCCUGUGCAUUUAACCAUGCGGCUGGAUAGUAAAAUAGUGUACGUGUACAUACACGAGGUCUAUUUCAACUAGAAAUUCUCUUAAUAAAUGCGCAGAACUUGA